CGUUGAAGUCGUGAGGCGCAAGCAGAUCGUCUUUUUAUAGCAACUUACGACGACUUUAAAGAUCCUCCGCGAUUUACGUACGCGUACAAGGGCAACCAAGCUUGAUAUAAAACCAUCUUUGCCAUCCCUCCCCAACCCCCCCUUCCGACAAUCAUGUCCUCUCCUAAGAGAACCGAAUCCCCACCACCGACGAAGACCAGCUCCGGCGCCGAAUCCCCAACCACCGCACGACCACUCGAAAUGGACGACGACGAUGUUCAAGAAACGCCUGUGGCGAGCGGCGGUGAGCAGACGACAGCUCCCGCCGGCCAGCCAGCCGCAGGUACGACCACCGAACAGGCACCCGCGAAGCCCCCACGGCCACUCAGCGCGCAACAACAGGCGGAGAAUACCCUGAAGGAGGCGUUCCCUGGCGUGGAGGCCGCGGUUAUCAAGGCCGUCUUGAUUGCUAGCGGCGGCAAGAUCGAACCUGCAUUCAACGCCCUCCUUGGAAUGACCGAUCCAGAGGCAGCUGCUGAGGCGGCUGCUAUAGCUGAACAGGCACCUCCUCAGCCACCUAGGCCAGCUCGUGCUGGACCAGAACUGACGCAGUUGGAGGCGGAUGAGCUCUACGCACGACAGCUGGCUGAGCACUUCGACUCAACCCAGGACCGCAACCGCAACAGGGGAGGCCCGCAACGCGGACCGAACCAGCGCUCAGGUUCGUACCACGAGGAGGAUGAGUACAGUUUCAUGGAUGACGACCUGCCAGUGAUCAAAGAGAACCUCCGUAAGGGCUUCAUCGAGACCCAGAGCAAAGUGAACGGAUGGUUUACCAACCUCAAGAAGCGCAUCGACGGCGACGACCUCAGCGACAUCCACGAUGCGCAGCAGCGCCAGGAACAGGGCUACAACCAGGGCUUCCAGAACCAGCAGUACAAUUCGCGCCGCGGCGACACGGGCAGGCGCAGCGGGGACUCCGGUCGCUAUGAUGCCGAUCCGCAGGUCCUCAGCGAUGACUUCACGGGAAUACAGUUGAACGAUGAUACUAGCAACGCGCGCCGCUCCACCCGCCCAUUAGCAAACCCCGACCUCUUCAAGCCGACCCCCGCGACGCCGAGGUCGAAUGAUGGGAGUCGCAAGGUGUCGUUCCAGGAUGGGCCGCCAGAGGAGAUCGAUGUUUAUGGGGGCGGGCGCGCGGCGAAGGACGCAGCAGCGACGACGCCGGCGUCGGGGAAGCAGAGUAAGUGGCAGCCGCUGAGCUCGGUGGAUCCGAAUCCGGUGGGGGAGGGGGACAAUGAUCCGUUUAGUUUGGGGGAUAGUGAGGAUGAGAAGGAGGUUAAGGCGGGGGUGAAGGAGGGGAAGGAGGAGGUGAAGAAGAGUGGGGGUGCGGCGGAGGGGAGUGAGGUUAAGUCGGAGACUGCUGAGGCUGGGAAGGAUGAGAAGAAGGAUGGGGCUAAGGAUGCUUGA